AUGACUAGCAGCAGCCCAAACGAGGACAAGAUUCCAACAAAACGAGAACUAAUCCAACUCAAACCAGCCGCAACACCAAUCAGACUCGAAGGAGACUCAAGCAGAGGACUAGAACCAGCCACCUACCAUCCCAUACAUGGAAUACUCCAACAGGCACCCACCAUCUCACUCAAGAAUCAGAAGGUACUCGAGGAGGACGAAUACAUGGAAGCACUCUCAAAGAUCAUCAAACGAGACUUCUUUCCUUCACUCGACCAAUUCGAGAGACAGAAACAGCAAUGGCUACUAGAACAACGCCGUCGGAAGAAUAUCAACAACAACAACAACAACUUGUUACACUCACCAUCAGCAUCCUCCGUUCGAUCAGCAUUCACUAACUCAAAUCUAAACCAUCUCAACUGGUCAUCCGAAAAUCAACCUCGACCCACCAAAGGAUGGGAGGAUGGUCAACCGACCCCAAAAAUCACUCAAUCUUGCACACCAGGAAGAACCCCCCUUCGAGCCAACACACCAUCUGUCGAGACACCCAUCCCAUCAACCCCAACCCCAACUCAGUUACUCGACCCAACAGGAGCAGGCCAACCAACAGCACCGAAACCAUACGACGAAUCACUCUCACUCGACGAGUUCUGUUCGCGCUACACAUCCGAAGACAACUCCUCAUUCUCCGAAAUCCUCAACAAUGCCAACCGACUCAAACGGAUCAAGUACGCCUGGGCAUUCGACUCCUCCACCAAACACAACUCCCGACUACUCGAGUCCACCCUCAAACGCGAACAUCUGAUCGGAAUGAUUGGCAAGAUGGCCGAAGGUGGCCAUGGGAUUGGUCUGAUUGAAGGGAUCUCCGGCAAACCUGGGGAGAGGAAGAUGGUCGAGAACGUGGUGACAACCGAAGAACGAUUGGCAAUCCAAGCCGGAGAAGAACCCAAGCUGAUCACAAAUGGUCAAAACAACCCCACACCUCAAUCUACUACCGCCGGAAAGUCGGCGACGGCGAUAGAUCUAGUCACCGACCGACACUCUCAGCCGAUCAAGAACCCAGACUCAUGGCCACACGUGACCAGAAACGCACUGAUGUUCUCACCCGACGCAAACACUAGCUCUCAUCAGCCUGCCAAGCCACCCCCCUUCCCCGCCAAACCUGACCUGCUUCCUGGAGACCCUAAAUCAAUCAAUCAUGCUAGCACCAGGAUGACCAACGAUGAUCUCUUGGAAGCUAAUCUCAAGAAAUCUAGAGCUACUACUAGUACUCGUCAUAGUCACUCCUCCUUUAGUCCCACUCGUAGUCAGAUCGCAGCCGCUAUCAAUGGAACCCCAAAUCGAGCCAGCGGUUCACCAAAAGUCAAUGGGUUCUCAUUUGUCCCGGAGUUACCAACGCCAGAUCCGGACGAGAUGAAGAGGAGUACGGAGCUCGAUGAACUGAUGACAUGGGGCGAGAUCAUGACGACGCCGGUGCGAUUGAAUGGGGAUCAGCAAUCUGGGCUGGGGAAUGAAGAAGAUGGCCAGGAUGAUGAUGAGGAGGAAGAUGAGCGGAUGGUCGAGGCGGGUCCGUUCCGGAUCUGUAAGCGGCCUAGACGAGAAGAAUUGGCGAUCGGAAUGGCCCGACAAGCUAGCAAAUCUCUCCGUCAGAAGUACGGCCAUUCCGCGGGCCUGGCCACCGGUCGGGCUCCGUCUCAACUUCGCCGAAGUCUCUUGGGCGGAGACCAAGCCUCCUCGCCCAUCCAUCAUCACUCUCAUUCUCCCGCCUCUUCUCUUUCACGUCGAAAUCCUCAGCCCGGCCGCUAA